AUGGAUAUUGAAAAGGCUUCCAGCGACAUAGCUGCAACUUGGAAUGGAGUACCCGAGGUAAUUGCUAGCGGUUCACCUUGGGAGGUUGGAUUUGCUCACGGAAGCCAAAUACCACUUCGAAUAGCAGUAUGCAUUUCAAACUAUGAGCGCCUUUUCCUCGAGACUGCCGAAGCCGACUGGGCAGAAUCAAAAGCCAGAGCAGCUACAUACCUUCCGGCGCUGGAAGAAAACGAGGCUGACCUUGUGGAGGAAAUGAGAGGAAUUGCUUCUGGUGCUGGACGGGAUUUCUUGGAUAUCCUGGCGCUCAAUUUGCGGAGUGAGAUAGCCUUGACGAACUAUUCAGAUGGUUGUACAUCGAUCGUCACACGGAAUGCCGCUCGAGGAGAAGUGUAUUUAGCACAGAACUGGGACUGGGUAGCCGAAGCAGGCUCAUCAACCGCCUUUUUUGAUAUUCAAGGAAUUGGCCAGCCACGAAUCCGGAUGAUGGGAGAAGCAGGCAUGGUUGGCAAAUUUGGAUUCAACGAUUCAGGUGUUGGCAUUUGUAUGAACGCAAUCCGGUGUGGAACAGUUAACAAGUCUCACCUGCCUGUUCAUCUUGCGAUGCGACGUGUCCUAGAGUGUAGAUCCUUCGAUGAAGCUCUGGCUAUGUUGACUAGCAAAGGGCUAGCUUCAUGUGUCAAUCUUGUCAUUGCCGAUAAUCGUGGGAGAAUGGCUACAAUAGAAUGUACACCAAAAGGACUAGCCCCUAUUUUUCCAGAGCCAGGAAGCUGGACAACAUUCCACACAAAUCAUCUUUGGUCGCCAGAUAUACCUGACGGCAUUCGGGAUCAUCCUUCGAAGAAUUCUUUCUCCAGGCUAGAACGAAUCAAGGUUUUAAGUAAAGACCAAGAAGCGAACAUCGAAAAAAUUCGACUAUGGCUUUCAGACGAAGAAGGAACGCCCGUGUCAAUCUGUCGCUCAACGCCAGAGAAGGCUGUCGGAAUCGAGAGGAUGGCAACCCUGGCAACGGUCAUUUUUGAUCUACAAAAGUUUAAAGCAGAAGUGUCUUUUGGCAAACCAAGCCUCUCACCUCCUGUGCGUACUUUGUCGAUCGAGUAG